AUGAAGAAUCGUCGAGGAAAAUUAAACUUCAUCUUUAUUUACGCAACUUUGGCGGCACUGGUCCACUCUCAGAAUUCUGAAUCCCAUGUUGGCGUAAACCUGAAUGUAGACCAAAGUGGUAUAUUUGAGGUAGGGGCAACAUUGGAACACAAAAUUCAACAUAAGGAUACCAGUUCCAGUGUUUCAGUGUCUGCCAGUGUUAACUCUGCAGGCGGCUGGGGUGUCGGAUUCAGCUUUAACAAGGAGUUCAAAAGGUCAACUGAUGAUACUAAGUUUGAAAAGCAUACCGGACGUUACGUCGUUUGGAUUCUAGCCAAUCAGUGUAACUUCCGCACAUAUGAUCAGAAUGGGGACAAUCUCAUUAGUCUGGACGAGAUGAAGGCACUGUUCGUUUAUCCAGAAUUUGGAAUAAAACUUUACAAGGAUCUGAAUUCUAAUAAUGGAGAAAGAGGAAUAACUGAACACGAUUUCAACAUGAACACUCCCCACGUGAUCAAAGGAUGUGACUUCAACAAUGCAGUAGCAAAUGUUCGUCCGACCAUUGAACAAAUCAGGCAAAACACCAAACAAAUUUGGGAUAUUAUCAGUUCGAAAAACAUCACAGAAAGUGGAUAAAUUAAUUCUAUUUAGAUCAUUACAUUAUUGUCAUUUUUGCUAAUUGAAAUUGGAAAUUUUGAUUUGUAAGUAUUGAUCUGUAAUGCAUUUGCAUUCAUUU